AUGACUCAAAAUGGUGAGGGCCCCAAGUGGAUAGGCUGUCACGUCUAUGGAGGACCCUAUCGGAGUGCCAACUACUUGGACCAGGCAGACCGUUGUAUGACAAGAGCCCGCUCAACCUAA